CCCAGAGAGGAGAGGCGGAAGUAAAGAGGCUGCCUAUCGAAUAUUAGUAAUGCAGUCCGGUUUGAGGGACAGCUGUUUUCCAGCUCUUCUGGAGAAAUGCAACGCCCUCUCUUUUUAAGACAAACUAGCAUUCCAAAAAGUUUGGGAUACCUGAUCAUUAUGGCACCAAGAAGCUUCUUUUGUAUGAGAAGUAACUUUAUCUUUGGUUCAAGAUGUUGGAUGAUCCAAUUUUCAACAGAAGUCUUCCUUAAAUCAAUUUCAUUUAGGCUUUUUAGUGUGAAAUGUGGUAAUGCAGACAGUGAGUCUUCGGAGAAUGAAGAAUUACUGAAUAACUUACUUACAAUGGGAGUAGAUGUUGAUAAGGCGAAAAAACGACAGCCUGGAGUUUUUAAUAGGAUGGGAACUAAAGAGCAGGACCUGAAGAUGUUCCUUCUAUCCAAAGGAGCUAGUAAAGAAGUUGUUGCUAGCAUUAUAUCAAGAUAUCCACGAGCCAUAACACGCACACCAGAAAGUCUUUCAGAACGGUGGGAUCUGUGGAGAAGAAUUAUGACAUCAGACCUUGAGAUUAUAAAUAUUUUGGAACGUUCUCCCGAAGCUUUUUUUCGGUCCAGUAACAACCGAAACUUAGAGAAUAAUAUAAAAUUCCUCUACUCAGUUGGAUUGACUCAUAAAUGCCUUUGUCGGUUGUUGACCAAUGCCCCGCGUACAUUCUCCAACAGUCUAGAUUUGAAUAAACAGAUGAUUAAAUAUUUGCAAGAAGUCUGUUUGUCUUUGAAUCACAAUAAGCCUAGAGAUUUUAUUGGGAAGAUAAUUUUAAAAAACCCUUUCAUCUUAAUUCAGAGUACCAAACGGGUAAAAACUAAUAUUGAGUUUUUACAGUCAACUUUUAAUUUGAACAAUGAGAAGCUGCUUGUUUUGCUCUGUGGUCCAGGAGCUAAAAUUCUAGACCUUUCCAAUGACUAUGUCAACAGAAACUACACAAAUAUCAAAGAGAAGCUGUUUUCUCUUGGGUGUACUGAAGAAGAGGCACACAAGUUUAUCUUAAGUUAUCCAGAUGUGAUCUUCUUAGGAAAAAAAAAGUUCAAUGAUAAAAUAGACUAUCUCAUAGAAGAAAAAUUUAGCAUAUCACAAAUAAUUGAAAAUCCUCGGAUUUUGGAUUCAAGCAUGAGUACUUUAAAAAGUCGAAUCAAGGAAUUGGUGAAUGCUGGCUAUAACUUCAGUACAUCAAACAUCACUCUUUUAUCUUGGAGUCACAAAAGAUACAAAGCUAAAUUGGAAAAGUUAAACAUUGAAUGAAACGUUGUUCUGGGGAAUUAAAAAAUGUCAGUCUCAUAAUGUAGUGAGACUUCAUGUUGAAUUGCCUUUCAGAAAGGAGAGCUUUGGUUUCAUAACCAUAUAUACAUACAUAAUGAUCCUUUGGAUAUUUUACUGUAAAGGUUUAUAAAACUCAUGGCCAGCUACCUUUCUCUAGUUUGAAUUAAUACAACAUCCAGUUAUAUGAUACAGGCUGUGAUUGUCCUAUGAAUGGUAGUUCCUGAGUGCCAGGGCGGAACAGUAUAUAGAAGGAAAGUGAAAAAUAAGCUUUUUUUGGUUUCUGUUCAGAUUUAAAAAAUCAACAGAUUCAGUUGGAUGGUUCCUCUGAGGGUUUUGAAUGGCAAAUGAUUUCUCCUAUCAUUCCCACAUAUUUAAUUGUGGUUUAUCUUCAAAAUAGAAUGCCAGUAAAAAUCUGACAAAAAAGGAGGGGUUUUCAUCUCAAAUUCUGCAUUCUCCAUUUAAACCAUUAGUAUGUUCCCCUUACCCUCCAACAUAGGCUCAAUUCACUAUAUCCUGAUUUUUUUUAAAGACAAUGGCAACAAUGAUGGGUAGAAAAAUGGCCACCUAAAGAUGUCAGUGUCUUAAUUCCCAGAAUCUGAAUGUGUUCUGUUACACUGGAAAAGGACUUUGCAGAUGCAAUUAAGUUAAGGACCCUAAGACAUGGAGAUUAUCCGAGAUUAUCUGUGUGGGUCCAGUGUCAUCAUAUGGGUCCUUAAAAUGGAAGAGGGAUGCAAUAUAGGGACUUGACCCUGUUUACUGGGUUUGAAGGAGGAAGGGAUCAUGAACCAAGGAAUGCAAAUGGCCUUUAAGAAAAUGGAAAAGGCAAGGAAACGUUCUCCCCUGUGGCCCCCAGAAAGGAACACAGCCCUGCUGGUACCUUGAAUUUAGCCCACUGAGACCUGUUGCCAAACUUCUGGCCUACAGAACCCUAAGAUAAUAAAUGUAUUAGUUUUAAGCCACUGAAUAUGUGAAUUUGUUAAGAUAGCAAAUAAAUGAAUAUAACAACUAAAUAAUGAUUAGUCGCAUUAUGGGUGGAGGAGUCACAAUACAUGAUUUUUUUAGUGUAUCUGUGUUUCUUCCUCUUGUAAUUACCUGUUUUGUCCACAUACCUUUCUGGAAUGACUAGUAAGUUGUUGUUUGUAAAGAUCUAAAUGUAUAAAAAAACUAAAUGUAAUAAAAUCUAAAUAAAGGAAUAUUUUUACU